UAGCAAGUGUUCUUUUUUUUGUAGGCACCAGAAGUCAUAAGAAUGAAAGAUCCAAAUCCAUAUUCAUUCCAGUCAGAUGUAUAUGCUUUUGGUAUUGUAUUAUAUGAAUUAGUUACAGGACAACUCCCAUAUACUCAUAUAAAUAAUAAAGAUCAGAUACUGUUUAUGGUUGGUCAUGGUUAUCUUCAACCAGAUCUUCAAAGUGUUAGAUCAGAUACACCAAAAGCUCUUAAUCGCUUAAUUCAAGACUGUAUUAAAUUUGCUCGUGAAGAUAGGCCACUUUUUCGUCAAAUUUUGGCUUCAUUAGAAUCAUUAGUUCAAUCUCUACCAAAAAUUCAUAGAAGUUUAUCGGAACCAACCUUUAAUUGUUCACAUUUACAAUCAGAAGAUUUUAUUUAUCUCUGUGCAUCUCCAAAAACACCUAUCAAUAGUCAGUUUGGAGCAUUUCCUUUGUUUUCAUCUGGAAACAAUAUGUGAUUCGAGGUAUCAACUUUUGGAAUCCACAUUCAGCCUUCAAUUUUCUAUACAAUUUGUGAUUCUGAAAAAAUCUUGCAGCUACAUGUUCCUCCCUUUCCCAUGAAACAAAGAUGUGAUGCAUCUUCCUUAAAGAUAUUGCAAGGUGUCCAAGAUGAAACAAUAAUACUGAAUGAUAAUAUUAACUGACUGAGCAAACAUUAUGGAUCUUAGCUUUUUGUUCCUUGCUAUGAUUAGCAAUAUUGACAUUUUAUUAAUUGUUAAGUAGUGACAUUGAACAUCAGAUUUGAUGUGGAUAAAAUAGUAAGUUAUGUUACAUUUGGUAUAGUUAGUGAUGUCAAAUAUAUUGAAAUUAUGAUUAUAGUGCUCUGUAAAAAGUAUCAUAUCAGCAGUGCCUGGAUAAAGACUUGUUUUCAAGAGUAUUUGGCUGUAAAUAUAAGAAAUAACUAAGGUUCUGCAACAUAAAUUUGAAUAAACA